AUGGCGGCGCAAGUCGGACCGCUGCCGCAGCUCAAGCUCGCCACGGGCCCGGCACCCAUCACGGCCGAGCAGCGCUACUGGCGCACCUUUAAGAACCAGCUGCUGAUGCCCUCGCCGACGAGCUACCCGGUGACGCACAUUUCCUGCGGGAGCGGCGACACCUUUGCCGUGACGACGGGCACGCGCGUGCAAAUCUACUCGACGCGCACCCGCAAGCUGCUCAAAACGAUCACCCGGUUCGGCGACGUGGCCCGCAGCGGCGACAUUCGGCGUGACGGCAAGGUGCUGGUGGCGGGCGACGACAGCGGCAAGAUCCAGGUCUUUGACGUGAACUCGCGCGCCAUCCUGCGGACGUGGACGCAGCACAGGCAGCCCGUGUGGACGACGCGCUUCUCGCCGACGCAGCCGACGGCGCUGCUGAGCGCCAGCGACGACAAGACGGUGCGGCUGUGGGACCUGCCGAGCGGCGAGCCCGUGACGACCUUUGCGGGCCACGCCGACUACGUGCGCGCGGCGCGCUUCCUGCCGGGCACGACGUCGAGCAUGAUUGUCUCGGGGAGCUACGACGCCACGGUGAAGCUGUGGGACCCGCGCACGGGCAGCCGCGCCGCGGCCAUGACGUUCAAGCACGCCGCGCCCGUCGAGGACGUGCUCGCGCUGCCAAGCGGCACCACGGUGCUGGCCGCCGCGGACCACUGCGUCAGCGUCCUCGACCUGGUCGCCGCCCGCCCGCUGCACAUGAUCAACAACCACCAGAAGACGGUCACGUCGCUCAGCCUGGCGUCCAACGGGCGCCGCGUCGUCACGGGCGGCCUCGAGGGCCACGUCAAGGUCUUUGAGACGACGGGCUGGAACGUCGUCAACAGCGUGAAAUACCCGUCGCCGAUUCUCGCCGUGCAGGUCAUCCCCUCGGCCGUCAGCAACGACUCCUCCUCCUCGGGCAACAACGACGACGGACCUGCCGCCGUGGACCGCCAUCUCGCCGUCGGCAUGCAGUCCGGCGUGCUCUCCCUCCGCACGCGCCUCACCGGCCCCGAGGCGCACCGCGAAAAGGAGCGCGAGCGCGAGAUGGACGCCCUCGUCGCCGGCCGCUACGACUCGCUCGAGGCGAAAAAGGCCAAGCGCAAGCGCCGCGCCGCCGCCCAGCACCGCCUCGACCUCGUCGGCGAGGGCGCCGACGUCGUCAUCGCCCACGAGGCCUCGUCCCUGUCCUCGUCGCGCAGAAAGGAACGCCCCUGGCAGGCGGACCUCCGCCACGCGCGGUACGCCGCCGCCCUCGACCAGGUCGUCGACCGCGCGGCCAAGGACUACGCGCCGCUCAGCGCGCUGAGCCUGCUGCUGGCGCUGCGCCACCGCGGCGCCGUCCGCGACGCCCUCGAGCACCGCGACGAGCAGGCGGUGCUGCCCGUCCUCAAGUGGGUGUGCGCGUACGUCUGCGACCCCCGCUACGUGAGCGUCUGCGUCGAGGUCGGCCUGCACCUGCUCGACCUGUACGCCGAGUACGCGGACGCCUCGGCCGAGCUGGCCGAGGGUUUCAAGACGCUGCACAGGCGCGUCCGCAGCGAGGUCGACCGCGCGCAGGUCGCGAGCCAGACGGGCGGGAUGCUGGACAGCCUGAUCCUGGGGUGUGUCUGA